UUCGGAUAAGUGGUAGAAAAUGAAUGAAUGAAAUGUUACUGCGACUGUUUUGCUGAUGGCAUCCUUAUAACCCUGCAUCCUUUCACAAGUAACUUUAUCGCACCUGAUAUUAAGCUGUUUCACGAAAUGGCUAAUCAAACACCCAAAAAAAAAACAAAAAAAAAAACCUAACCACUUUUUCCAUGUAGGACUUUCCUGGAAAACUACAAGCCCAAAUGAAGUCUAGAUAGAUUAAAACAACUGCAGACUGUGCAGGAAAUUAGUCCAAAAAGAGUGGGACCAUCUAGAAAUCAUUCCCACCCACAGAGCUAAGCAAGAUUAAUCUAAUGCCUCCACUUACCAGACCAUAUUCGAUUCCAUUUAUGCGCCAUAAUAAUUUCAUAAAUGAUAACUAAAUAAAUAAUUAAGUAAAGCCAGGCAGCAUUUUCAGCUUGCUGCUGCUUGAAGGCUUGGUGUUCUUGCAUUAAUGGAAAAGGCAAUAACCGCUGGCUUAACGAUGACCACUCUAGGAAAGUACUUUCACUACUUGCACAAAUAUGUGCCACUUGUUCAGGAGUCGUGUUUUACAUUCAUGCCCCUGAAGUACCCGUGUUUUGCAUAUUUUAGUGUGUUCCCUGCUCUUCCACACCUGGCUACAGCUCAUUAGCAGACACUGCAUGACUUUAAAAUGAAUUUGUUGGAAUGAGGAUGAGAGUAAAUAAAAAAAAAGGAAAAAAAAAAGAAAAAAGUUUAAAGCGAUUCAAACAAAAUGAAUGCAAAAUUUCAUUUCAUGUUAAAAUUGAUCUUGGUUCAUCUUGCGUCAACAUAUUUUUGGUCCCUCGGACAGGCCAGAAGAUGGUUUUGUGUACGUGUCUGGCUCCUGCCUGUCUGGGCUUUGAGCUACAAGCUGUUAAUGAUAUCACUAGAUGAGACUGAUCUCAUAAAGAAGAGGCCUGAAGACACAAAGGCCUUGUCUUUUCCUAUUUCCCCACAUCCAUUUAACCCUCUAUCCUUUCUUCCCAGCCUUCAGUGAAUGAGUGAGUAAAAGUUAAAAGACAGAAUCUUUCUCUAAUGCACCAAAGAGUGUGAAGAACUUGUCUUCAAGAGAAUAGUAACUGCUUCAACUUUUUGUGCAAUCCCAGGCAGUACAAUAUCCCUUUUAUUUCUCCCAUUUAUCAUUUACAUUCUUGGUCAUAGCGGGGAUAUUUAACUGAUAUUUAAUCCGAAUGAGAUUAACACAGGAAAAAUAGGUCAUGGCGAAAACGCUUUAUCUCUGAGCAACUCGUCUCUCUCGUGUUUAGUUUCAGGAGGACAUCUCAUUAUUCUCUAAAUAUGUGAGGGCUUCAUUGGGGAGGAAGAUUAAGGGACCCCAUUAAGAAUCGAUGGCUAAGACUCAGGCUAAGACAACACUCCUUGCCUACAUUAAUAUCAAGGAAAGCGAUUGCAGAUGAAUGGAAUAGAAAGGGGGGAUGAGAGAAGAACUCAAGCGGAAAGGAAACUGAGCUGCUAUCUGAGAGAAUGUGUUCAUUUUUUCAACUCCCCCCAGAAUUUAAACCUGUUUUGUGUUUUUCUUUGGCAGGAACCAUGGUGAGCAAAGAGGUUGGUAAAUGCAUGCUCACCAACUCUGAAUCGGACUCUGAGGUGCCACCCUCUAUGGCCCUGGAGGUAAAAGGACCGCCGGAUGGGAGUCGGCAGGUGCGCAAGCGUAACAAAGCCUUGCAGGUACGCUUCAAGGACAUCUGUGAGGCCCAGAGCGAGCAGGCGGCUGCUGCACGGGGAGCAAAACCUGUCGCGUACAAAGUGGCGUACCGCAAGUACAUGACGGUUCCGGCUCGAAGAUCCAUACCCAAUGUGACUAAAAGCACUGGAGUCCAGACCUCUCCGGACCUAAGGAAGCGCUACCAGACUUUCCCAAUGGAGAGAAAAAAGGGUCAAAGCGUGAAACAUGCAGCUACAGCAGAGAGCUAUAAGGACCAGGAUAAUGGAUUUGUUAUUGAUGUUAAGAGGGCGAAAGCGGCUGAGGGGGAAAGGGAAGAGAGGUCGUCUCACACCGUACAAAAGACCAAAGCUUUGAUGCACACGAAUGAGUGCAUAGCCACCAUAGAGCAUCACUCACAUGCUGCAGAGUGUACAGACAGGAUACUGUUGCCCUGUCCCUCAGAGGACCAAUCAAAUUACCAGAUCUGUACGGUGAAGAGCAAACAUCGAAAGAGCUUCCAAAGGGAUUCAGAGUCACUGGACCGCUCAGGAAAAUAUCAAAUAAUAAAUUCUGAGGACAGAGAUGGCAGUACACUGCCAAACUCUAGCUCCAAAGUGACAAGCCCCAUAGCCUGGAACUCCUUAACACAGGUGGAGUGUCUGGAGAGUCCGACAGCACGCAGUAAACGCAAAAAGGUUUUGCAGCUAAAUGGCCUGCAAUCGCAGACACUGCCGAGGACUAGCUGUACCACACAAGUGCAGUGUCAUGCUGGAAUGAUCUCUGCUCGGCCCAUACAGGCAAUGGAGGAAGCAGCAGUGCCAUCGGUUGCUGCUGCCCCAACUACCGCUUUACCAUCCAAAUGUGAGCCUGGGACAAGAACAGGGAAUCUACAGGUGGAUCGAGAGGCAUGCAAGCAGAUAGUGCCUGUGAAUCAGGAUAAGGAUGUAAAAGAACAGCUGCAAGCCAUGGAGAACAUGAUCAGCUCCAGUCAGGAAACCAUCAAAGUCCUGCUGGGAGUCAUUCAGGAGCUGGAGAAAGGAGAGGCUCACAGAGAAGGUCUCUCCUAUCGGACCGGGCAGGACACGGCCAACUGCGACACAUGCCGGAACAGCGCAUGCAUUAUUUACAGUGUGGAGUUGGACUUUAAGCAGCAGGAGGACAAGCUACAGCCGCUGAUGAGGAGGUUGUGCUCAGUAGAGGACUCGUCCUUCCCCUCGCUGCCUUACCCUCAGGAGGCCUACACCUCCACGCCCAAGCGCAAGGCCAAAGCAGAGGCCAAGAAACACACACGCUGGAAACUGUGGUUCCUCUGAACACACUGCGCUGCAGGACACACACACUUUUCUGCAUCGUCCCUGUUGUCAUCUGUCUCUUUUCCAGGCGUGUGUCUUUCUACACUUUCAUCGUUACAUCACAGAAAAUAAAACUGAGGAGCAGUUGGAUCCUGAACACUGAACCUGGCUGGAGUCUGCUUCACAUUAAAAACGGAGUCUCCUGGGAAAUGGAUUUCCUCAUUUAGUUUCGGAAAAGCAGAAUAUUUUGGCCAAUUGUGCCCAGUGUGUGAAACGGCUCUAUUUGCAAUUCAGCGAGGUGAGAAACCAGAUUGAAUUAAGCUGCUGCAACGUCCUGCAUUUAAAUGUAUAUAUUAAAUCAAACUAUUAUUUAUUUAUACACAAGUGCGUCACCUCUGCUUAGGUUAUUCACAUAAACCCCCUCCAAGAUUCUCUCACACACACACACACACACACUAUUUAUUCAGGCCUCUCAUUCUCACAAGAAAAAAAAAAAAAGGAAAGUCACAUUUUCCCUGGACUAAAGUAUAAUUCCUCAUGAAUAUCGACACGGCCAGAGUCUCAUUAUUAAGACAAAGCACAAAGACACUUAAGACUCCACUCCAGAUGAAGUGGACUCGACACACACACUUGGAUUUACACAGACAUUUAGACAAAAUGGAAAGACAUUUAUUUAUUCUACAGACAAAAAAAAAAGAAGAAAACAAAAUAACUUCAGCAGCUAUUUAUCUAAUUUCUACCAGGAGCUCUAAACAUCUCUUGUGAUGUUAAUUUAAAGGGAAACAAAAAAAAAACAAACAAAAAAAAAAAACAGUACCAGAUAUUUUUAUAUAUUCGUAAUAUCAAGCAUUGAAAUGAGAUUUUCUAAUAUAUAAUGUAUGAAGAUAUAUCUUCCUUUACAGGAUUAUUAAAAUACUCCAAAAAAAAAAAAAAAAAAGGUUCAGAAGGUUGGAAAAGCCUGUUCCGUUUCCAUCUUCCCUUCCUCGGCUCCGUCGUGGAGCGCCGUGCAGGAAACAACCUCAGACCUUAGACGUGUUCGACGAGCACCGUGUGAAACAGGUUACAGAUUCAGAAAGCUGGAUACGUGUGUGUGUGUAACAAUUAGUUUAAGCUAGAAGGUAACGAUUUUCAGGAUAAUAUCAAAGAACUAUUUUAUCCUAAACUAAGCCAAGCUUUCUACCUGAGACGUACGUUUCUAAAUCCAAUAUGUAAAUAUUAGCUUUUGUUUCCAAAAAAAAAACAACAACAUUUAUCUUAUAUAACAUCGCUACACUAUAGCACUGUAGAACACUGAAUUCAUUUACAAGGCAGAAUAUCUAACCAGGGCUAUUAGCAUCUCCAGAAAGAGGAAGAGGAGGAAGAGAAAGAGGAGGAAGUCAUUUUGGUCACAGUGUCUCUGAAGCCACAAACAGCAUGAUGGAGAAAAGAGACAACCAGAGUGCUUUAUAAGGGCAAACAGAUUCAUAUUUAAAUCAUGAACUCUAAAGGAUGUCUGACGGCGAGUUCUCCAGCUUUCACUCUAGAUUAGAUAAACGCAUUAUCCCACCCGAUCUGAUCCGGCACGAGUUAUCGUAUACACGAGAGGAAUCGGACGUCGGAGCAGUUCGGCUAUAGCGUGAAGAGAGACCUAGAUGAUAUCUGUACCUAAAAAAAAGUGCAAUUGAUUCAUUAUGUGCAAUAUUGUGCAUUUUAUACUGUUUUUAAAAAGAAAACAAAAAGUUAUUUAAUACAUAAUAAUAAAACCUGAGAAAGAAAUAGAGAAGUGGUGUAAUGUCAGUGUGUGUGUGUGGUCAUGUCAUGAGCAAAGAGUAGACUGCAAUAAAAAAACAAAGCCUGGUCUACUGCUGCAUUCGGUUGUACUACAGAAGUAAGCGGGAAUGUCGGUAAGAGCUCGGAUUUAUGGGAUUUCCGACUUCCGUGCGCCGGCUCUAUGCGGUCUGAUGAAACCUUUUGAUAACGACAAGCUAGCCAGCUAAGUGUGAUGUACAUUUAACACCCUGUGUGGUCAGUGCAACAGACUGAACGUUACUGAAUGAUCUAAACACUUACAUAGAGCACAGCUAAAAAGUAUUUCAGAAAGCAAUACCCAAGAAUGGCAGCUCAGUUUUAUUCUUUUGUUAGCAACAAGCUAUCUAACUAACUGGUAUAUAUUUUUCUUUUCAAAACAGCAACCUGCGUGCUCAGGUGAAUGAUCUAAAGCAAACACUUGCACAAAAAGCAAGAAAAUACGUAAAUCAUACAAGAUGGUACUUUGUACGCUGAUUUUAGAUCGCUUGCUCAACUCGGUUUGAGGAGAGUUCUCUUUGUUCGUUGCUAAUGGAAGAUGAGAAAUGACAAGCCUUCGCCUUGUAACGGAAGCAGCGAUUACGGUCCUGCUUUUCUUGCAAGGUAGAAGAAGAAGAAGAGUCAGCAAAAGUAAAAGUAAUAUCAUAUGUGCAAGUUAUACUUCGGUCAGAAGGCUAGUGCUAACAAGCUUAGUCAUAAACAUGCUGUCGGGACAACACACACAAAUAAAUAAAACAAAAACAAAUAAUGCAUAAAAUCUGGGACAAAUCUAAGCUAAAGCCUUUUAACUCCACACAUUUCAGGGUCAAGUCAAACUUCAGAAAACAAACGAAUCAGCGGAAAGUUUCCUUAACUUUAUUUCAUUAGAUAAGAAGUCCAGUGGGUCAAAAGUCCCCAUUUAUCAAACCAAGGAAAAACAGUGAUGAUAUUUUGCCCAGAAAAUUGCAGUGAUGAUAUUUUGCUUCUGAUUGGUCAGUUAACUGAAUGUGUGUCUGUGGCUGUAUUCAGAGCCUGUGUCUUAUAAUCACAUGAUAUGGAUGAAGUUGUGAGAAAUCUGAUCGUAUAUCGUUAAUAUCGUUUAUAUCCUUAGCCUCGAUGUGUGUGGACUUUUGGCUUUUAUCUAUAAGAGUAUAGAGAUAAAAAAAAGAUAUACAGGUCAAGUUAUUAGAAACAAACAAAUAAUAUUAAAAAAAGGGAAAUGUGCGAUAGGUAAAAUAAACAAGUGUUAAGUUGCGAUGGAAAUUUUGUUUUUCUUUGUCACUGAAAUGUAAGCAUUUUUUUUCCUUUUUAAAUAGAUUUCUAGACACGUGUGUUGAAGACGUCUGCAGCAAUAAUUACAGAUUUGCUAAUGAUCCACUCAAGAGCACAGUUUGCUUUUGAUGGUUAGUCAUUCACACGGCCAUAGCGCAUAACGUAUGUAAUAUGUACCGCAAUCUUUCUUUUUGUUUUAUUGAAGAGCCUCCCUUCUGCCUCGCCUCGUUAUUCCGCCCCCACACAGUGAAAAGUGGUCCGGGGAAAACUGCUAAAAAGGCAAGGAACUCCUGCCUCUGAUGUUUUCUGAAUACACAACUUCAUUUGGUAUGCAUUGAGAUCCUAUCAGGCAAUCGGCUUCCUGUAGCGAGGCAAGAACUCGCAGCGAGCGUCGCUCAGAAGGCUGAACCGAUCACGAGCCGCCUUCUCUCGACCGUCCCCUCCCACUGAAGUCUCAUUCAGAAAGUAGACGGUGUUCGAGUGUGUAAAAAGGAUAAGGAGAGAACAUGAAAUUUCUGCGUGGGAGAACAUGAAAGUGAUCGAGCAACAAGACAGGGAGCUUCCGGAGAGACGAAAACAUACAGCACACAAAGUAACACACUACUGGUGUUAAUUGGUUAUUUCAGACAUGGCAUUAAUUAUUCAUUCUCAUUAGAAUAACUACAAAGGGAGGAAUGUAACGGUUAAUGAAUGUAUUCGUAUGAGCAAUCGUAUAAAAACUCUGAGCUUUGACACACAGCCUAAAGGUUUCUUUUUUCCCCUCCCAGAACUUCAUGUUAAAGGUUUGCAUGUUGUGAAUGAGUGUGUGAGAGAGAGAGUGAGUGAGGUAAAGAGAGUGAGAGAGCAAGUGAGUGAGAGAGAGAGAGAGAGAGAG